AUGUUAGGACAAUUUGAAGCUGCUGUUGAAUUAUGUUGUAAUGAACAACGUUAUACAGAUGCACUUCUUCUUGCUCAUCUUGGUGGUCAAGAUUUAUUAUAUAAAACACAAAAACGAUAUUUUGAAAAAGUUCAAACACCAACAACAAAAUUAAUUGAUAUUGUUACUAAUCAAGAUUGGCCACGUUUAAUUGAAUCAAGUAAUAUGACGAAUUGGCGUGAUAUACUUGUUGCACUUUUAACUUAUACAAAUGGUGCAACAUUUAUUGAUUUAUGUAAUCAACUUGGCCAUCGUUUAGCACAACAACAUAUUGGAACAAAUGAUUCACUUCGUACAUAUGCAGCGAUAUGUUUCAUUUGUACAGGAAAUUUAGAACAAUUUGAUAUAGCUUGGUCAAGUAAAUACCAACAACAAGGAAUGUCAUCAAUGCAAUUGGAACAAUUAAUUGAAAAAUUAUUUAUUCUUAAACGUUCAGUAGAUUAUUCAAGUGCACAACAGAAGAAAACAGUUAACACAGCAGCUGCAUCUAUGGAUGGACCAUCAAUUAGUCGACAUUUAACAUUAUUUGGACAAUUAUUAGCUAAUGAAGGUUGUGCAAGAGCAGCACUUGUUUAUUUAGGAAAUAUACAAACACCUGAAUUACUUGUUCUACGUGAUCGCCUUUAUUAUGGUUUACCUGCAAAUCAAUUGACUGGUAUUCCAAAACCAUCAAGCCCAUUUCGAAGAGUUGAUGUUCCUACACCACAACAGCAACAAAAUCAGCAACAGAUGCAGCAACGAAAACCAAGUUCAAAUACUACACAACAUUUUCGACCUACACUUCCGACUGAACCAGUGUUUACACCACCAUCUAAUAAUACUUGGGCACCAUUACCACCACAAAACUCAAUUAAUGAUAAUAAUAUGAGACUAGGACUUAAUUCGAUGACCAAUCGACCAUCAGCACAACCUACAAAUCCAUCCUACCCACCCAACCUUUAUAAUCCCGCUACCGCUGUUCCUUCACAUUUUACACCAGCACCAACACCAACUCCAAUGAUGUCUAAUCAACAGUUUGUUCAUGGAUAUCCAAACUCAGCGCCAUCUCCAGCAGUAAAUAAUGCUCAGAAUGCACCACCCUUAGGUCCUUCAGCUUUAUCUUAUCAAGAUUCUAAACCGGCUAGUGCAUGGAACGAUCCUCCAACAGUUAUGAUGAAAGUAUCAAAGCAUAAUCCAGUGAAACCACCUGGUUCGUCUACAGAUGGUUUUGCUACUACAAAUUCUCCAUUUCUUCCAGUAGUUAAUGAACCUCCUCCUCCUCAAUCAACAUUUCAUUUCAAUCCAACAAUAACAAAUCAACCAACAGGACCUGUAUAUCCUCCUUCAACAUCAUCUGAUUUUAUUCAUCAUUCUGCUCCUUCCGUGCAAGAACCAACAGUUCGAAAAGUAGCUACUCCUCCACCUCCACCUGCACCUGUUGUUAAAGGUCCAUUACCAACUGAACAUCAAAUAAUACAAGAUACACUUGAUUUACUUGCUAAUCGAUGUCAACAAGCAACUCAACAAUUACCAUUAAAACGAAAAUUAGAUGAAGUGAAGAAGAAACUUGAAGUUUUAUAUGAUAAACUACGAGAAAAUCGAGUUCCUCAAAGUGUUUUACAAGGUAUUCAUCAAAUAAUCAGUUAUAUUCGUCAAUAUGAUUAUCAAUCAUCACUUUUAAUUUAUAAUCAAUUAAUUGCAAGUGAAAAUCUAGCUGAAACAAGUCAAUAUAUGCCUGCUGUUAAGAUUCUUCUUCAAUGUUGUAUGCAACUUAAUGUUUACUGUCAAUGA